AUGGCGUGCCCGCAUCUAGAAUCGGUCACUGGCCUCAGACCCCCAACACCAGCUCAGUCUGUCUACAGGGAGGACUGUACUCAGUGCUUUGACUCCAUCGACGACCCGAGCGGACUCGACGUAUGCCUCCAAUGCUUCAACGGCGGCUGUGCCGGCGACAGGCUACACUCAAAGCUUCACAAUGUCCAGAGGGGUCAUCCUCUGGCUCUCAACAUCCGCCGGACCCCCAAAGUCGUCGUCCGCGAUGAGCCCCCCGCCAAGAUGUCCAAGCUGGCCAUUGCCGCCGAGACGGAAGAGGACAGAUACGACACGGCGCUGACGGCGAGGUGUCUCGAGUGCGUCGUCGACCUUGACAUCGCGAAUCCAAAACUCGCCCCCGUCGUCGAUGGCGUCAUGAAGGCCAACACCUUCUCCCGCAAGGAAGAGGUCAAGGCGUGGGAGCAGGAACUGACGAGCUGCGAGCACAUCCUGCUCCUUCAGCAGCACGACCCCCGCAAGAUUGAGCAGGGCGAUCUGUCUCACUGCUACGCUUGCGCUCUCAAGGAGAACCUGUGGCUGUGCCUCGAGUGCGGUAACCUGGGCUGCGGCCGCAAGCAGAUGGGCGGCGUGGACGGCAACUCCCACGCUCUGGCGCACAGCGACGAGUCGGGCCAUGGCGUCGCCGUCAAGCUCGGCUCCAUCACUCCCGAGGGCACCGCCGACAUCUACUGCUACAAGUGCGACGACGAGCGCGUUGAUUCCGAUCUCCAGCAGCACCUGGCCCACUGGGGCAUCAUGCUGGCCGACCGUCAGAAGACGGAGAAGAGCCUGACGGAGAUGCAAAUUGAGCAGAACCUCAAGUGGGACUUUAGCAUGACGACCGAGGACGGCAAAGAGCUCAAGCCGCUGUUUGGCCCGGGACUCACUGGUCUGCGCAACCUUGGCAACAGCUGCUACCUGGCUAGCAUCAUCCAGUGCCUUUUCGACCUUCCCUCGUUCCGCGAGCGCUACUUCAGACCCAGUGACGACUUGCCUCUCGUCGAGGACCCGGCCACCGAUCUUGAGACCCAGCUACGCAAGAUUGCCGACGGCCUGCUGUCGGGCAGGUAUGCCAAGAUUGAUCCGUCAAUCCACGCCGACAUCGACACCCAGCAUCAAAAGGGCAUCGCGCCCGCCAUGCUAAAGCACCUCAUCGGCCGUGGGCAUGAAGAGUUCUCUACGAUGCGUCAGCAGGACGCCCUCGAGUUCCUACAGCACAUUCUCAAGAUCAUCACGCGGAGUCAGCACACUGGACAGGACGUCAAAGACCCCACUACGCCCUUUCGUUUCGAGAUGGAGCAGCGGCUACAGUGUCUGUCGUGCAACAAGGUCAAAUACAGCUCCAACGAGCAAGACAACAUCUUCCUCGACGUGCCGCUCGAGAAACUGCCGCCCGCACAGCAGGAUGCCGACAGGCCCGCGUCGGACGCGUACAAACCCGUCACGCUGCAGGAGUGCUUGGAUAGGUUUACAGGCCUGGAGAAGGUCGAGCUGACGUGCUCGGCCUGUGGCAGCAAGGACGGCUUCACCAAGCGGUCCCUGUUCAAGACCCUGCCUGAUAUUCUGGCCGUCAACGCUAGGAAGAUGACGGUCGUCAACUGGGUCCCUAUCAAGGUGGACGUGCCGGUCCUCGUUCCCGACGACCCCUUCCUGCUAGACGCAUACCUCUCCAAGGGCCAGCAGCCCGGCGAGGAGCUCCUGCCCGACGAAGUCGAGUCGUCUCAGCAGGCCCCGGCCUUUGUACCCGAUGCUACAGCUCUAGCCAUGCUAGAAGGGAUGGGCUUUCCCCAAGUGCGAUGCGAAAAAGCCCUCCAUGCAACGGGCAACUCGGAUGCCAAUGCGGCCAUGGAGUGGCUCUUUGGACAUAUGGAGGAUCCGGAUAUUGACGAGCCCCUCAAUCUCGGAGGCGGAGCUGCGAGCGUAGGUGGUGCGGCGGACGCUGACCCGGAAAAGAUUGAGAUGCUGGGCGCUAUGGGCUUCGGUCCGCCUCAGGCCAAGAAGGCGCUCAAGGAGACGGAUGGUGAUGUCGAGAGGGCCGUUGACUGGCUGUUCAACCAUCCUGAUGAUCAGGGUAUCUUUGACGAUGACGGCGGUGAUGCUGCUGGCGGUGGAACUACCGCGGCACCCAAGGAACCUGCUGGCAGCGCAGCUGUUCCUGCGAGGUUCCAGGUUCAGUCACUUGUAUGCCACAAGGGGACGAGUAUACACACUGGACACUACGUCGCCUUCAUCCGCAAGAAUCUCGACAAUAACGGCGUCGAAGCACCAGGGUGGGUCCUCUUCAAUGACGAAAAGGUGGUCGAGGCGCACGAUGUCGAGGAGAUGCGUAAAUUUGCAUAUGUAUACUUUUUCAAGAGAGUCUAA